CGUCUCACAUCUCUCCUCUCGCUUUCCUGCUCUCUAACUUCUAUCUACCAUCACUCUCAGACGAUUAUCUCUUCAACAAAACACUCUCACAACCCAUCCAGAAACAUCUACUCUCCCCCAACCAUCACCUUAUCCACACCUCCUUCCGCUUUGGGAAGCCCGCCCGUCCACCACCCGUCGAUGUCGGUUUCCGUGCAACUCUCCCCCACCAAAUCAGGCCGCACCUUCAUCCCGCUGAGUACAAGGAGAAAUAAAAGUAAAAGUAGUAGUAAUAAUCAUCAAUCAUGGCUACUACAACCAUCGCCGUCCAGCAGCAGCAAGGACAACACCCGGAGAAGCCAGCCCUAAGCCUCGCCAACGCAGCAAGCAAAACCAAUCUCCUCUCCGUCCACCACACGGGUAAAAAUGUCUCUACGUACUCAGCGGGAAAAGGUAGCAAACCUGAUGGUGUGCGUGUCCUCGCGCUUCAUGAGUGGAAGCAGGCCGCUCUCAGCCUUGCUGAGGCCUUUCAGCAUGAUGAGGUGGCGAUGUACCUCGUCAACACGCCUGAUCGGGCGCACUGGACGCCGGAGCAGAAGUGGGCGCUGCAUUUGCGAAUAAUGGAGUUUGUCACUUAUGCGCAUCUGCUCAAGGGAUUGGUAGUCGCCGUCGGGCCGAAUUACGACUGUGUGCAGCUUUGGAUGCCCCCAGGCAAAAACAUGGACGACUACCUCACCCUCUUCCGCUCGGGCAUGUGGCGCCUCAACUACCUCCUCUCCGCCGAAGGCAAGCAGCGCUUCUUCACCGAGUUCCUGCCCCUCCUGCACACCACCAAGCACGCCGUCAUGGGCGCGCGCGACGACGACUCCUGGUACCUCGUGUACCUUGGCACGCGGCCCUCGGGUCGCGGCAAAGGGUAUGCGCGCAAGGGCUUGGAGUUUGUGCUGAGCCGCGCGGAUGAGGAGGGCCGCGCGGCGUAUUUGGAGAGUAGUAAUGUGGUUAAUCGGGAGUUUUAUGGGCGGUUGGGGUUUGUGAUGAGGGAAAGUAUUCAAUUGACUCGCGGGGAGGUGCCGGUGACGAUGGAGAUUAUGGUGAGGGAGCCGGUGAAGGGGGAGGUGAAGAGGGGUUGAAUUGGAUGGUAAGCUGCGGAGGAGAUGAUUGUUUAUUUUGUUUGAUUCUUUCUUUACUGAUCUUGCUGAAUACGUACCCCUGCUCCGUCCUCAACGACGAGAGCAAUCGAAGCGAAUGUCUUUCUCUCGUUGCAAUGUGCUUGAAACUCACUC